CUGCAAAAGGCUAGACCUUCCUGGGUCUUUUUGUUGUGGUGUAACUGUAGCUGGUUCUAUCUUUGCUGGACACUGUCCAGCCGGAGAGCCUCUUUGCCCUGCCCUUAGGCCUCUUCAGCUAGUGGAACUCCAUGCGGAGGAACGCCUCUUUGGUGACUGUGACAGGGAGAAUUAGGCAAGAGAUGCGGGUUCACUUGCCCUGCGUAGGGGCUUAUCUUGGGCUAAGCUGAGGGACUAAUAGCAAAGCCAGCCUCCGCUCCAGCCGGUCUGAGGGCACAGGGAGCCAUCUGUCCACUCUGUGGAUAACUGACAACAAAGGGUCAUACGUUGAGCACGGACUACAAACUAAAGCGCCAUUCUUUUUGAAUACCAGAAAUAAGAGCACGGAAGCAGUAUUUUGUAUAUAAGGUGUGGAAUGGCGGCACAGAGUACUGUAUUUAUUGGUUUGUAGUGUUUUACUUUACAUCUGGGAAAACGAGAAUGUCUGACAAGGAAGAAAUGGCUUCAGAUGGGAGUUUGAACGUUACACUGACGCUGAGGCUGCUGAUGCACGGAAAGGAAGUUGGCAGCAUAAUUGGGAAGAAAGGAGAAACAGUCAAGAAAAUGAGGGAGGAGAGUGGCGCUCGCAUCAACAUAUCAGAGGGCUCGUCCCCUGAGAGGAUAGUCACCAUCACAGGACCUACAGAGGGCAUCUUUAGAGCCUUUUCCAUGAUUGCGCAAAAGUUUGAAGAGGAUAUUACCGCAGCAAUGACAAACAGCAACGUGACAAGCAAGCCACCUGUGACACUUCGCCUGGUUUUCCCGGGGAGCCAGUGUGGCUCACUGAUUGGCAAAGGAGGCUCAAAGAUCAAAGAAAUCCGAGAGACCACAGGCGCUCAGGUUCAGGUGGCAGGAGACAUGCUGCCGGACUCCACAGAGAGGGCUGUCACAAUCUCCGGCACUCCACAGGCCAUCACUCAGUGUGUAAGACACAUCUGCUCUGUGAUGCUGGAGUCUCCACCGAAAGGCGCAACUAUUCCCUACCGUCCCAAGGUCGUACCUGCUGGAACCCAUGCAGUAUUAGCACCACAGCACUCUGCACAAGCCUUUGCAAUUCCAGGGCAGUAUGCUUUUGCACAUCAAGAUUUGACCAAGCUUCACCAGUUGGCUAUGCAGCAUAUCCCCCUCCCUUCCCUUGGGCAGAGCAACCCUACCUUCCCUGGAUUGGAUGCAUCUGCCCCCACAAGUUCACAAGAGCUGGCAAUACCUAAUGAUUUCAUUGGCUGCAUAAUUGGAAGACAGGGUAGCAAGAUCAAUGAGAUUCGCCAGGUCUCUGGAGCUCACAUCAAAAUUGCCAGCGCCACUGAUGGCUCAGCCAUGCGCCAAGUCACGAUCACAGGUUCACCAGCCAGCAUCAGUGUGGCCCAGUACCUCAUCAAUGCCAGCUUAGAGAUGGCUAAAUACACAAUGCAGGUCGCUUCCUCUGCGACCCCAGUUGACCUGAACAUGAGCUUCUCACAGUCUGCUUCCACUGCCUCCACUUCUGCAACCUCUAUGGCCGUCCUGGCGGCCACCACCCAAGCCCCCACCACAAUUAACGUCCACUCUCCCUCCACCUUACCAGCCAUCCAAAACCCACACUACGCCGUCCCCGUUUCCAGCCUGCUUGGCAUGAAAACGCUCCCCGUGCUGGCCGUCCACCCAGCAGCCGCUUCCAGCCUAACGCAGGGUUUAUGCCCUUACACCGCAAAAAUGCCAACCUCCGGCGUCAAAAAGUCAGAGCGGCAGAAGUUUGCUCCUUAUUGACACCUGCUUUUGAGCCCAGGCAUCGUAGCCGACCGAUAGGACCUAAUUAAAAAGGAUGGCAAGUAUAUAGGCCUAAAAUCGGCUUACACCAGUGUGUAAGUUUUCCCCGUGUAACAUUUGUUCCCCAUAAAUCAGGAUGACAUUAGACAGAGGCAGAAAGGCUGGCAGUAUCAAAACAUGUUCUCGUUAAUUAAAUGAGGCAGUAGAGGUGCAUAUUAAGUCAGUAUUAUCUCAUGGACAUGUAUAACAAUUAAUGUGGGUAACUCAGGCUUGUAUUCAUAAAAAAGCUAUUUUUCAAAUGGAUUUGUGUUCCAGAGCUUUAUACGAAGACUUAUCCCGAUGCAAUUAUUGACUUACCGUAGUUUUCUGUCUGUGUGACUAGUUUUUCCUAGAAAAUGUCAACUAGCAAUAAAAGACGUGGUGCUUUUGUUGGCAGCAGGCUGUUAAACCUUUGGUUUUUCACUGUAGAAGUUAAGUGUUUUUUUUUUUUGUUUUUUUUAAACAAGGAUUGUUCCACUCUUCUGUCAUAUUCCCCUCCCUCUCUUUCACUAUAGGCUCUCAUCAGUGCUAACAGGCUUGGGUGUUCUGUAGUAGCGUUGCACUGUUGCAGUUCUGAUGGGAUUAUCUUAAAGCCACAUUGGAUUCUAGUGGAUUUCACCCUACACAGUAAUCAUGUAAAGCAGGGACUGGCCUGACUAACUCUCGCUCGCUCGUACCGUACACCGGCUUGUUUCUUGUUUAUUCUCCAGCCUCGGCGAGUGGGGGAAGGCUUCGACUUGUUUCAUCCGAAACGGGGUGCUGAUCAGUUAUUUAAAUAAAUGUUUUAUUCAUGUGUUCCUGGUGUGGCACCCCCCCACCCCCACCCCACCGCCACCCACCAAAAAAUACCAGAAUGCAGAUUUAUUAUGUUUGUUGAUGAAAUGACUUUGAAAUAAAUGGGACUUUUUACAAAUGCA